AUGGCAAACCAUCCUUUUAGCGAUGCAAGCACGGCAUUGCUCGUCCAAGCAGCCGCCCUAUGCGCCCGAGCCGUCUAUCGCAAGAACCCAGCACAAGCCGAACCUCAGCUGCCUGGCUUCGUCAUCAAGGAUAGAUGCUGGAUGAACCCCACCGCCGAGGGCUUGGGGAAAGCGGCUGCCAUAUUCGAAGUCACCCCGGAUGAGAAGUCUCGCCGCACACUCGUCGUGGUCGCGGUGCGAGGAAGUGCGAGUGUUGUCGACUGGCUUGUCAACCUGGACACGGGCCUGGUUCCGUGUCCGCAACUGGUGAACAUCCCCGAAUCGAGGUCAACCCCGGCACCAAAAGUGCACCGCGGUUUCGCCAACUGUGCCAUGACCUUAGCACCCGCCAUAAAACAACAGAUAGAAGCAGUCCUAAACGAGAUGCAGUCGCAAGACCGCGAGAUCGAAAUGGUCUUUACUGCCACAGGCACCCUUUCGGCCAACCCAACCCUCUCCUCCAUCACAUUCGGCGCGCCGCCCAUGUUCGACAAGGACGUCAACGCCCGCCUCGACGCCGUUUUCCCCGGCAGCCCCUUCCAGCUCGGCACCAUGCUAGCCUUCGCCAACGACGGGGACCCCAUCCCGCGCAUGGACGCGCCCUACGCCACGGAGCUGGCGCGCGUCUGGCACCGCGUUGGGGGCGGCAGGUGCGCGACGGCGCGGGAGCUCGGCGAAUUCAGGCUGCCUCCGCUGCGCCUGGGCGGCCUCGGGAGCCUGGUGGUGCUGCACGACAAGGCGCAGGAGUUCGAGGAGGGCAGGGAGGACGAAAACGACGGCGUGGCGCUCGCGGCUUGCCGCUUCGGUCGCCGCGACUUGGAGAAGCGCGCGUGGGCGGACCUGUGGGCGCACAAGAUGAAUCUGUACGUGGUGUGGGCGGCCAUCAUUGGUGAGGGGCGUUUCAACGCCGAGCCGGAGGCGAUGUUGCCCAACAUAGCCCUCGCUAGCCCCGACCUCCACACUGUUGCAUGGAUUUCUGCGCUCCCCAUAGAGAGAGUUGCUGCUGCUGCUAUGCUAGACGAAGAGCACGCGCGGCCGACCAACUUCCACAAAAACCCAAACGACAAGAACUUUUACACCUGGGGUCGGAUUGGGGAGCACAACAUUGUCAUUGCGUCUCUCCCUGCUGGCUUGUAUGGUACCACCUCAGCUACCGGGACGGCCACGGACCUUCUUUCCUCCAUUCCUUCAAUCAAGGUCGGCUUGAUGGUCGGCAUUGGAGGUGGAAUUGCGAGACCAGACGAGGGCCGUGACAUCCGCCUUGGAGAUGUCGUCGUGAGCCAACCUGGGGGCAUUCACGGGGGAGUCUUCCAAUAUGAUUUGAUCAAGGCAAAGUCCGGAAAUUCCAGGGAGCCAAGAGGGCACCUGGCGGCACCUCCCACCGUCCUGCUCAAUGCCCUCGCAGCGAUCCAGGCCAGGCACGAGCUUGAAAAUUCCAAAGUUCCCGAGAUCCUCGAAGGCGCGUUCAAGAAGUACCCCAAAAUAACAAAGAAAACCAAGAACAAUCCCAGCUACGGCUUUCAGGGAUUCGAAAAUAACCGCCUUUUCCGUGCCACUUUUGGCCACCUCGGGGGUAAAAACUGUAGCAACUGCGAUGCAGCCCAAAAAGUCGAUAGGGAUGAGCGAGACGCACAAGUGCCCGAAAUUCACUACGGUGUUAUCGCAUCCGGGAACACGCUCGUCAAAGACGCCACUCUACGCGACCAAAUCGCCGGUGACGCCGGAGAAGAUUGCCUCUGCCUCGAGACGGAGGCGGCAGGGUUGAUGAACCGCUUUCCCUGUCUCGUGAUCCGCGGCAUCUGCGAUUACGCCGAUACCCACAAAAACGACCGCUGGCAGAGGUAUACUUCUGCCACGGCCGCCGCCUAUGCAAAGGAAUUCCUAUCCUUUGUUCCGCUAUACACUAGGGCCAAGGUGAUGCGAACCAUUCUCGACAAUGCCUACAACUUUUCCAAACGCGGGUCGGCAUUGCCGCCUACCGGCGAGAUUUUGGAGACAUUGCGAGAGCUGCUUGGCGCAUGCGACGGCAAAAUAGUGGUCGUUCUCGACGCAUUUGACGAGUGCACCACACGGAGGGAUUUAAUAGACUGGCUGGAAAAAAUGUCGGCUGAGGGCACAGCUAGCAUCUCUAUCGUCGCAACGGGCAGACCCGAGGCCGAGUUCGAGAACAGGUUCUCGAGCUGGAAAAGGCAAGAUAUCGCUGUGAGUUCCGCGGAUCUUAUCAGACGCGACAUACAGCUGUUUGUCGAGGAGAGACUCCGGGACAAGGCCUUCCAGCGAUGGAAAUCAAGGCCAGAUGUUAUACGGAAAGUGAGGAGUGCCGUCCUCGACAAAGCGGGUGUGACCGGGUUUCGGCUGGCAGCCUGUCAAGUCGACCUGCUGGCGGACUGCCGAGAUCUACCAGAGAUCCAGGAGCGACUGGAGACUUUACCAAGCACCCUAACCGACAUAUACUCUGGAAUGUUGGAAGCUAUCCCGGAGGGGCGACGCAGAGACACGACCAUUCGCCUACUGCAAGUCCUCUGCUACUCAUACAGGCGCCUGAAACUCGAGGAAGCAGCCGACUACAUUGCAACUAACAUCAACUCUGGCCGCUUCGUCCCGGAUAACAAGUUGCCAGAGCCUAGGGAGCUCCGAGCAACUUGUGGGGGCCUGGUUGCCACUUUUACCUCUCCUAGCUGGGGCGGGUCCGUAAUCACAUACCUCCAGCUGGCUCACUUGUCAGUGAAGGAAUAUCUAACAUCAGAAAACAUCGCAAAAGCAUUCCGCGAACCGUUCAAACCUAAGAAUGCCAACGGAGCUGUCGCCAGGCAUUGCUUGGUGUAUCUCCUCACUGUCGACGACCCUUGGGCACCCAAAGACCUGUGCUUUGGUAACUAUGCAACGCGAUUUUGGGCACAACAUGCCAGGUCUGCAGAGCAUGAUCCCGCGGUUUGCGAGACAGUGUGGGAGUUCAUCCACAACACAACAGUGCUGGAAAGCUGCUAUCCCAAAUGGCUUCGCUGGGACGCGGAAACGCCUCUGUUCUAUCACCCACUGGGCUUCGCAGCUUGGUGGGGCCUUGAGAAAACCUGCAAGGCGUUGCUACACAGUGAGGAAGCGGCCGAAGUCCACAGACAGGCUGUUGUCCUUUGCAGAGCCCUUUAUGCAGCAUCGAUGAAUGGGCAUCUCUCCAUUGUCGAACUUCUGCUCGCAAACGGCGCCGACGUCAACGGACAAAGCAGGGAAAGGUUUAGCCGCGAUAAGGCUAUCCGCCGCUUUCAAACCGGCAGAUCCGGCAGUGCUUUGUAUGCUGCGUCGUACUCGGGCUGUGCGAGCAUCGUCAAGCUUUUGCUCGAAAAAGGAGCCGAUGUAAACCUUCAAGGGGGCUAUUUUAACAGUGCUUUGCAAGCUGCGUCAGGAUCCGGUCAGCCAAGUAUCGUUAAGCUUCUGCUCGAAAAAGGAGCCGAUGUAAACCUUCAAGGGGGGAUAAACGGCAGCGCUUUGCAACUAGCUUCGGCGUGCAACCAUACAAACACGGUCGAGCUUUUGCUCGAAAAAGGAGCCGAUGUGAGCCUCCAAGGGGGCCUAUACGGUAUUAGUGCUUUGCAAGGUGCGUCAGGAAGGGGUUAUGCAAGCAUCGUCGAGCUUUUGCUCGCAAGGGGGGCCGUCAUGCCAGACGUCGAGCUUUUGCUCGCAAGAGUGGCCGUCAUGUCAGAUGGAUGGAGCGAGGCCAGCGACAGUGAUUCCGAGUCGUAUGAUUCCUAG